AUGGUGCCACCGCACACCACACACCCGGGUCUGAUCAUCCUGUGGUGGGCCAUCCUCAGCAGAGGCACCGUAUCCCCCCCAUCCCUUCCUAUUAUCCUUAUUCUUUUCACUAUUCUUCAUUGUCAAGCCGCCAAAGUGGAGAGUGUGAUUGCAGAAGGGGGUGCUUCUCGUUUCAGUGCUUCUUCGGGGGGAGGAGGUGGUAGGGGUGCACCUCAGCACUAUCCCAAGACUGUCGGCAACAGCGAGUUCCUGGGGAAAACCCCAGGGCAAAGCGUUCAGAGAUGGGUUCCUUCACGAAGCACUAGACGAGAUGCCAACUCCAGCAACGAAAAAGAGCGGCAUGAUGCGAUCUUCAGGAAAGUGAGAGGCAUACUCAACAAACUCACCCCUGAUAAGUUUGACAAGCUAUGCCUUGAGCUCCUGAACGUGGGCGUAGACUCCAAACUCGUCCUUAAAGGUAUCAUCUUGCUGAUUGUGGACAAAGCCCUAGAAGAGCCCAAGUAUAGCUCGCUCUAUGCUCAGCUAUGUCUGCGCUUGGCAGAGGAUGCACCAAACUUUGAUGGCCCUUCAACUGAGAUCCAAACCUCCCAAAAGCAGAGCACAACCUUCAGAAGACUGCUGAUUUCCAAGCUUCAAGAUGAAUUUGAAAAUCGCGCCAGAAAUGUUGAAAUCUAUGAUAAACAUGACAACCCUCUUACUUCUGAGGAGGAGGAGCAGAGAGCCAUUGCCAAGAUCAAGAUGCUUGGCAACAUUAAAUUCAUCGGGGAACUUGGCAAACUCGACCUCAUCCACGAAUCUAUCCUUCAUAAGUGCAUCAAAACACUUCUGGAAAAGAAGAAAAGAGUCCAACUUAAGGAUAUGGGUGAGGAUCUGGAGUGUCUCUGUCAGAUAAUGAGGACUGUCGGGCCUAGACUCGACCAUGAGAAAGCAAAGUCUUUAAUGGAUCAGUACUUUGGCCGUAUGCGAUCCUUAAUGAACAACAAGGAUCUGCCAGCGAGGAUCCGCUUCCUGCUGCAAGACACAGUGGAGCUGCGAGAGAACAACUGGAUCCCCCGCAAGGCUUUCCUUGACAAUGGACCAAAGACGAUCAACCAGAUCCGACAGGACGCAGUGAAGGAUUUGGGCGUUUUCAUCCCAGCACCUAUGUCGCAGGGCAUGAGGAUGGACUUCUUCCUGGAAAGCCCCUUCAUGCCCAACAGAAUGAAGCUCGACAGGGAGACGCUAGGCGGAUUGGCCGACAUGUUUGGACAAAUGCCGGGCAGUGGGAUUGGGACAGGACCAGGAGUCAUUCAGGACAGAUACUCGCCCACGAUGGGACGUCAUCGCACCAACCCGCUCUUUAACGGUCACAGCGGCCACAUCGCUCCUCAGCCGCAGUCACAGUUCGACAUCGGGCCAAAGUCGUCUUUUGUGAAGUCUAGCCAGGUCCAGAAUCAGCAUUUCCUCAGCCAGAGUCAGAACCACGCGGCCCAGCAGCAGGCCCAGUCAAAGGACUUGCCCCCUCGCUUCAGCAAGAAAGGACAGCUUAAUGCAGAUGAGAUUAGUCUGCGACCGGCUCAGUCAUUCCUCCUCAACAAGAGUCAGGUUCCCAAACUCACGCCGCAGAUCCCCUCAAUGAUGCCCCCUAGCGCCCAGCCACCUCGCACGCAAACUCCACCCCUGGGGCAGCCACCUCAGCUUGGUUUAAAAACCAACCCGCCGCCCAUUCAAGAGAAGCCUCCUAAAACCAACAAGAAACCACCCCCUGCUCGGGAGGAGUUACUAAAGAUGACAGAGGCGGCCAUGAGCGAGUACUUUACCAGCAAGAACCUAAGUGAGGCGGUCAGCAGUGUCCGUGAAAUGAAGGCCCCUAAGCACUUCCUGCCAGAAAUGCUGAGCAAGAUUGUCGUGUGCUCGUUGGACCGACCCGAUGAAGACAAGCAGCAUGCCAGCACCCUUAUCCACGCGCUGCGCCUUGACGGACUCAUUACAGCCGAGAAUUUCAUGCAGGCUUUCCUCAACGUCCUGGACCAGUGUCCCAAGAUCGAGGUGGAUGUGCCCCUGGUUAAGUCCUACCUGGCCCAGUUCGCAGCACGUGCAGUCAUCGCAGAGCUGCUGAGCGUGGCUGAGCUGGCGCACCCGCUAGAGAACGGCACCCACUUUCCGCUUUUCCUGCUCUGCCUGCAGCAAACCGCUAAACUCAAGGACCGCGAGUGGCUCACCGAUAUCUUCCAGCAGAGCAAAGUCAACAUGCAGAAGAUGCUGCCAGAAAUUGACCAGAACAAGGACCGUAUGCUGGAGAUCCUAGAGGGCAAAGGCCUGAGCUUCCUGUUCCCGCUGCUGAAGCUGGAGAAGGAGCUGCUGAAGCAGAUCACCGCAGACCCAUCUCCACAAUCCAUUUACAAGUGGAUCAAAGACAACAUCUCCCCCAAGCUCCACACUGACAAAGGCUUUGUCAACAUCCUCAUGACCAGCUUCUUGCAAUACAUCGCCCAGGAGCUGUGCGUGUCCGAGGGCGACGAGCAAUUAUCGGCCCCUCCUAAGGAGCAGCUGGAGCAGGAGAAAGCGCUGCUGCUGGCCUUCAAGCCAGUCAUGCAAAAGUUCCUGCACGACCACACUCAGCUGCAGGUCAGCGCCCUCUACGCUCUGCAGGUGCACUGCAACGCCAACGGCUUCCCCAAAGGCAUGCUGCUGCGCUACUUUGUCAAUUUCUACGACAUGGAGAUCAUUGAAGAAGAAGCCUUCCUCGCAUGGAAAGAAGACAUAACGCAGGAAUUCCCAGGAAAAGGAAAAGCAUUGUUCCAGGUCAAUCAGUGGCUCACGUGGUUGGAGACAGCCGAGGAAGAGGAGUCUGAGGACGACGGCGAUUGA